UUAGAACAAGUAGGUUUAGAGCACCCACCACACAGCGGCACACAGGUGUCCGCCCCCAAACCACUCUCACACAGUCUUAGUUUAGAGCAGUCCACCGUGGUAAAUAGCGUGUGCAAGUUGUAAUUUCCAUCGCCAAACUUCGCCUUUGGUAUCUGUGGAGCCGUGCGCUAAAGGGACAGAGAGAGGCCAGCCAGCGUCGCCAUUUGUGGUCAAACAUGGAGACAUUUCAAGUCUGUCUUGCCCUUCUGUGUCUGGGCGUCUUGACAGAAGUAGCAGAAUCAUGUGGUGGCAAUCUGGUAGCCACGGAGACGACACAGUUUCUAACGUCCCCGAACUAUCCCAACAACUACGUGGACAACCUGAACUGUCACUGGACUAUCCAGGCUCCGUCUGACCACACCAUCAUCGCAGAGGUCACCGACAUGGACAUCGAGCAGGACAGUGGCUGUCCAUACGACUCUCUCUGGUUCUACGAAAAUGGUAUCACCAGUAACAAGUACUGUGGGGCCGGUAGCGUUCCAGCCUUCGACACUACGACCUCUCGUCUGGAUGUUUACUUCGUCACCGAUACUUCCAUUCAAGCAAGGGGCUUCCAACUCAGCUACAGGGCAGUCUCCGCAGGAGGAAGGAUACGGCUUGCAGGAGGGUCCACCCCGAACAAGGGCCGUGUGGAGCUCCUGUCCGGCGGGUACUGGGGGACCAUCUGUGACGACCUGUGGGACAUCAAUGACGCACACGUCGUCUGUAGGAUGCUGGGAUACCACAGGGCAUUGUCCUCCCAUGGCUCGGCCUUCUUUGGUCCAGGUUCGGGAGACAUUGUUCUAGACGAUGUGCAGUGCAGCGGGACCGAGGAGACGAUAUUCCAGUGUCCUGCCGUUACUAACUCGGACUGUACCCACUCAGAAGACGCAGGAGUCAUUUGCGACCCUUAUAUCCGCCCGUGCGCUGACCUGCCGGACCCAGCGAACGGUUACGUGACGUACGACCAGGCCUACGCGCUGUACCACUGCGAUCGUGGAUACGAGAUCUCCGGGACGCCGAAUCGGACCUGCGCGGAGAACGGAGCCUGGGUCGGCCCCGAGCCGUCGUGUAAACGUGUCAGCUGUCAGUUGCCUGAUGACCUGCCGAACGGGUACUACACGUACGUCGGUCUGCAGUACAUGGACACCAUGACGUACAGCUGCGAUCCCGGGUUCACGUACGGUCACCCAGACAACAACAAGAACACGUUUGUCUGCGGUCCUGACGGGACGUGGGACUACACGACCCUACCAACCUGCACAGCAACCUGUGGCAAUAACGACCUCCUGACCGACGACAGCGGAGUGUUGUACAGUCCAGGCUUCCCCGGGAACUACCAGAACCGCCAGCGCUGCACGUGGGUGCUGAGACCCAGGGAUAACCACCUCGCGCUCUUCCAGCUUCACUUCCUACAGACCGAACACUUCUACGACAAACUGACAGUCUAUGAGGGUUCCAGUGAAAGCGGCGACGUCAUCGUUUCGUUGUCAGGGAGGUAUCCACCAGAUGACGUGUUCUCGUCCAAGACCACAGACGACAUUUACGUUGUGUUGGAAACCGAUGCCACGAACACCGACCGGGGCUUCAACCUCACAUACUGGGCUUCCGACUGCCCCUUCCCUCCCUCCAUCUCUAACGGAGUCAGCAGCUUCUCUGGACAGCUGGCAGGUGCGACGCUGCAGUACAGCUGUGACCCUGGCCACGUGCUGAUAGGUGCUCCCAACACCACCUGUGUGGAAGGUGUCGGGUGGUCUGCGCCGGAACCCACCUGUCAAAUUGUCACCUGCCCCGCCCUGCCAUCUCCAAGCCAAUUGGUCGUCUCGAAUCACGUGUGUAUGACGUACGGCUGUUCGGCCUCGUUCUCGUGCUCCACCGGGUUCGAGCUGACCCCUGACAGCCCCGGCCAGACGGUGUGCCAAGCAGAUGGGACGUGGAGUGGACAGGAGCCUGCUUGUCAGGUGAUCCAUUGCCCAGCCCUGCAGCGGCCAGAGUACGGGAAGAUCCUCGGCAACGAAACCGCCUGGGGUUCCGUCAUCGAGUUCGAGUGCAAGUACGGGUUUAGUCAGGGCAGUACCUUCCGGACCUGCCAGGGGGCGGGCACAUGGUCCGGAAAUGACGUCAUCUGUAAGGCUCCAAUACAGUGCGAGUUUGAAGCCGACUUCUGCAGCUACGAGCAGGGCAGAUCUGACGACUUCGACUGGACAAGAACCAACAGAGAGACUACCUCACCAGGCACAGGCCCCAGUAGUGGGUAUGGGGGCCUAGGCUACUACGCGUAUAUCGAGUCCUCGCCCCCGCAUAGAGCGGGUGACGUCGCCCGACUCAUCAGCCAGGAGUUCGAACCGGAGGGCUGUGCGCAGCUGCAGUUCCACUAUCACAUGUUAGGGGACGCCAUCGAUACCCUCAAUGUGUACAUAGAGACAAGGACCAACAAGCUGGUAAGGGAGCUCGUGUGGUUCAGAAAGGGGGACCAGGGGUCGGCCUGGCAAGAGGCACGGGUCUCCUUCCCACCAGAGGGAUAUCAUAAGGUGAUCUUCGAGGCGUUUGUUGGAAGCUCACACACGAGCGACAUUGCCAUAGACGCCGUGCGGCUGAUACAGCAGCCAUGUGCAGAUCCCACAACAGAGCAACCGACGACAGCAGAGCCAACCCCCACCAUACCUCCGACUGAAGAGAUCACCACUUUGCCGUACACACCUAGCGUCACGGUACAAACUGAUGCAGGGAUAACCAACGUAACAACCACCGCACCAGCCACUGUUAACGUAGAGCCGAGCACAACUCCGGUGACAAUGGUUGAUUCUACAAUGGUCACUACUGGCCAACCAAGCGCAUCGACAUCUAUCCAAGAGAUCACCUCUGUGCCACCAACGACACUAGCGGCCACUCUGGUUCCCGUAACAGACUGCAGGAUAGACCAGCACAUCCCUGGGGAUGGCAUAGACAUCAUCAGCUCCCCGAACUACCCCGAGCAGUACCCUCCCAACCUGGACUGCUGGUACGUCAUCACCACAGACCCGGGCUACUCACUGCAAGUCAACAUUUUGAAUUUUGACCUGCCUGGCAGCCCUACGGACAAUAACGUCACAUCCGGCGGAUGCACGGAUGAUUAUUUGGAAGUCCAUGCACCGCUAGGAGGUCCGCCCUCCCAGCGGUACUGUGGACAGGCGUUAUCCCCGGGAACAACAUUCUCGUCCAACGCGACGUUUGCCCUGCACUUCGUGACGGACGGAGUCAACGCCUCAGGAGGGUUCAGCGCUAUCAUCCGCAGUGUUCCUUCGUCAUUGGCUUGAGGGCAAACCAAGUAUCUAAGUUCGUAGACGAACAUAAAAGUCGCUAUAUGCAAUGGUAGUAUGCCACAUACAAUAAAGAAAACACUUAUAACACA